AUGGAUCCCACCACGUUCCCCGACUACGGCAGCAGCGACGCCCCUAUGGCAAUCGCGGCGCCUGCUCGGGCGCCAGCGCGUGCCAGAUCCAGCAGCCAAGGGCUGACACGGUUCAAAAGGUUCUGGACUGUGGAGGAAGACACGCUGCUCAGGGCGAAGGUGCAGGAAUUCGGCGAAGGGAGUUGGAUGCAGGUCGCAUCGUACCUGCCCAGCCGGAGUGGGAAGCAGUGCCGGGAGAGAUGGGUCAACCAACUUGACCCCAACAUUGAGGUGAUCUCGCCAGAUUAA